AUGCUUCCGGGCCUGCGAGGCACCAGGCCCCACACACCUUCCCUCCCCCAGCCCUCGAGAGGGACCGAGGAGAAGGACCCAGGCCGAGCGCGGCCGCCGCUCGGCCCCAGCGGCCGGAAGCGUGGCGCAUCCCGGGCCCCGGCCCCACGGCGGCUCCGCCGUCGGGUUUUUUUCCUGCGAAUGAAGAGGCACCGCAUGCAAGCAAAGGCCGGCCAGCCGGCUCCAGAUUCCCAGGUCGCCUGGGAAGAACCGCGUGAUGACUCCCUGCUUCCAGGGGCGCCCAAACUCUUGGGGCGUCCCCAAGUCCCCGACUGGGCUCCGCAGGUCCGCUGGAGCGCGGGGCUUUCCCACCCGCGCCGGUUGGCCUGCUGGUCCCCGCGCGAGCUCCGGGCAGCAGGCGCCGGUCGGGGCCGGCGUCCGGGUUUCCGAGGAGGAGCCGAUGCUUCUAAGGCGCCCGGCGCGACUGCCAGGCGGCGCGGUUACUGCAACCGCCGCGUGGUCCGGAGCUGCUCCUUCACCCCCUUCUCCCGCGGGAUCUACUGUGGCCCCUUAGCGCCUGGACUUGGGAGAGGGCCGGUGGUCUCCUCCGCGCUCCGCUUCCUCUGCCCUCGUACCGGCCCGGCCGGCGUGGGGCCCCUCUGCCUGGCUCCGGCCAGCGUCCAGGCCCGGAGCGCCCCCGGCGGCCUCCAGCCUCUCUCCGGCGGGCUCGGUCCGGAACGCGGGGUUCCGGGCAUCCCCUGA